CAGCAUAAAGUUUGGAAUAAUCAAUCUCUUCAUCCAACAUUCCAAGCCAUUGCCUUCCUUCUUUCCUUUAUAUAUCCUCGAUCUCUUUAGCAGAAAGAAAAAAAACACAACAAACUAUGUCUUCCUUUUCACUUAAACUGUCAAUUAUGUUUGCCAUAUUUUCGUUGUUUUCGAGGUCCAACGCUCAACUGAGCGCCACGUUUUAUGAUAGCACAUGCCCCAACGUGUCAGCCGUUGUACGUGGGGUGAUUGAGGAGGCUGCACAAAAUGACGUCCGAAUUGGCGCCAAACUCAUCCGCCUUCAUUUCCACGAUUGCUUUGUUGACGGUUGUGAUGGCUCAGUUUUGCUAGACAACGCUGAUGGCAUAGAUAGCGAGAAAGAUGCAGCGCCAAAUAACGGCUCAUUAGAUGGAUUUUCGGUGGUUGAUGACAUCAAAACUGCGGUAGAGAAUGUCUGCCCAGGAGUCGUUUCAUGCGCAGAUAUCUUAGCCAUUGCUUCUCAGAUAUCGGUUUCUUUGGCGGGAGGCCAGACGUGGGAAGUUCAACUGGGAAGAAGAGAUAGCAGGACUGCAAACCAAGCAGGAGCUAAUAGUAAUCUUCCAGGCCCUUCCGAAGGCCUUGCCAAUAUUACAUCCAAAUUUAGUAACGUGGGACUUAAUACUACUGACGUAGUUGCUUUAUCCGGUGCACAUACAUUUGGACGGGCACGGUGCGUGUCCUUCAGCGGCCGCCUUUACGACUUCCAAAGUACAGGAAAUCCGGAUCCUACCAUAAAUGCGACAUACUUGGAAACGCUUCGCCAAACAUGUCCUCAAGGCGGGGAUGCAAAUACGUUAGCCAACCUUGAUCAGGCAACGCCGAAUGACUUUGAUAAUAACUACUUCACAAACCUGCAAAACAACAAAGGGCUUCUCCAAAGUGAUCAAGAGCUGUUUUCGACAACUGGGGCUGACACAAUUGAUAUUGUAAACCGUUUUGCUAAUAAUCAGAGUGAAUUCUUUGACAGCUUUGGCCAAUCAAUGAUAAAAAUGGGAAAUAUAAGCCCCCUCACAGGAAGCAAUGGGGAGAUUAGGUCAGAUUGCAAAAGGGUCAACUGAUCAAGUAUAAUUUAAAACUAGCUAUGAACUUUUUAAUUAGGAUAUUACCAAAUGAAAUAUAUAUAUUUGAAUC